AUGGAAACAUGUUUGCCGAACCUUGCGCACGUGUCGGGGGCAGGGGGCUGGAGGCUAAAGGGGGCGGGGUGGAUGUUGCUGCAGCAGAUGGGGGGGGUGGGGGAACAGGUGGAUGUCAGUAGGAAGGCCAAACACCAUCGCUGGGGUGCUGCUCAGGGCUUCUCCCCCAACACAGGACACCAUGUGCGGUGCAGAGAAGGAAUCCAUGAAGGGAGUUACGAGUCGUCUGGGAUCUCCACCCCUCCCCGGGAGCUGGCGGCCGCGGCGGACCCCUCCGGCCUGCCGGCCCCCGCCCGGCGCACAGAGCCGCCGGGGGCAGCGGGCCUUGCGAGGCAGCAGCCCGCUUUCUCGUCCAUCCUCACCAUGUCGGCGAGCACUGCCAAGAGCCCGCACACGCUGGUCCAGUCCCACGCUUCCCCGGCUGCCACUGGCAACCAAACCGUCCAAUGGCCUUCGGCGGACGCGGGGAGAAGAGACGACCCUUCGUCUUCGGCCCCGGACACCACCCUCAUCCUCUCUUCCAGCACAGGUAAUGCUGCUACCCUUGCUUCUACUACUCAGAUUCCUUUGCCAGCGACCACGAGCACCACCACAACCGCGCAGCCGACCGCCCCUGCGCAGACAACAGUGACCACCGCCGCCGUAGAGGUGACCACCGCUGUCACAACCGCCACGCCCGCUCCCAGGACUUCGACGAGUCCCCCGACCUCCACGACCAGUGCCUCCACCGCGAGCCCAGAGGUUACUGCCCCGACACAGGGCCUCCACCCGGCCUCCGGCCCUGAGGAGACCCCUCUGCAGUGUAACAUCACAGAGAGACUCUGGGUAAAAACAGUGUUGUCUGUGCACGUGAGGCGGAACCGGCCGGACGCCGCUCUGAAACUCGACCUGCCCAAAGGGCUCACCCAGGCGCUGCAGAGGGCCUUCAAUGACAGCAGCGUCCAAGCCAAGGUCAGCACUCUGAGCGGCGAGCCCAGCCUGACCGUGGGGUUCCUGGCGGUCUGCGGGGGUGCGGUCUACCUGCCUGGUGCUGUGGUGGAGGCUCUCACCGCGUACGGCGGGGAAAAGCUCGCCGCCGACAUCAGGCAGUUUGUGCCGGCGCUUCAAUCCCUCCCCAUGGCCCUGGGCCCCUGGGUGCCCAGCCCACCCCCCGCCCUGCAGCUGAACACCGUCCUCAGGUUUGUGGCCCCGGGAGACGAUAUUAAGACCUGCAGUUUCGUGCAGAGGAUGGAGAAGAGACUGGAGAACGCGUUUGCUGAAGCCGAGUCCAAGGCCCUGAACUCUGACAGCAGGCUUUCCGUUCAGAUUCUGAGCUUGUCUCAGUCGCCGGGCUCUCCGGCCGUGACCCUGACCUAUGUGGUGCGUAACGGGAGUGCCGCCUUGAACGGCACCGUCUCCAGCAACCUCCUCAACCGCCUCACCACUGAGCUGGUGGGCUACUUCCUGUUCUUCCCCCCUCUCGUCAUCGCUGAGCCGUUGGAAUACCACAACCUCAACACCUCAGCCGCAACCAGGGCAUACUGGGUAAUCACAGUGAUUCAGGAUGUGGAUAACUCCUCUCUGGAAGGGGGCUCCCAGAGCUUUGCCAGUUUGAUGGAGCAGCGGCUGGCCGAGCUCUUCAUGGUGGCCCACCAGGAGGGCCGGAGGUUCAGGAGGGCCGCCACGGUGGGCAGCUACACCGUGCAGAUGGUCAGCAUAAGAAGGGUCCCUGGUCCAAAGAGCCCUGCUGAAAUGACCUACUACGUCCUGCUGAAUGGCGUUCCCUUCUCCGGGACUUCUGCGGCAAAGACCCUCACCACAGUGGACUCCCAGACCAUGGCCCUCACUCUAGGAUACUUUAUCCAGGUCCAAGCAGAACCGGUGGUGAAGGACCCGCCCAGUAACCUGUGGAUCAUCGCCGCAGUGCUGGCCCCCAUCGGCGCUGUGGCCGCCGCCGUCAUCGUCGUUGCGGCCGUGCUCUGCAGGAGGAACAAGAGCGACUUCAAGGCCGACGCCCUGGGGAACAUCAACUCCCGCGCCAAGACCGCGUAUCGGAGGGAUGCCAGUUAUUACCACCAGCCUGUGCAGGGGUUCGACUACGCCAAACAACACCUCGGUCAGCAGGGCGGCGACGAGGAGGCCCUCCCUGUUACCCAGGAGACCAUGAUCCUCCCCCUGCCCAUCCGCGAUGCCCCCCUGACGCAGGUCUACCAGGACGGGAGCACAUCCAAAAAGACCCUGUCCAACGACAUUCGCAAGAGCAGGUUGCCUAGCGAGGACGGCUCCGUCAUCAGCAACGAAUCAGGGAAGCUGAACUCCGGCAGGGGAUCGCUGGCGCAGAAAGUCCCGCCGCAGAAGGAGGAGGUGCGCAAGAGGACCGAUCCCUACGACACCUCGUCCGGCUCCCUUCAGCUCAUCUCCAUCAAGCCCAUGGCCGCCCCGCCCAGCUACCCCCACCCCCCCUCCUCUGACCGCAGCCAGGACUCCGCCAUCGCCAACGGGGAGGUGAGCAUGGCCCUGAAGCAGAAGUCGGACAUCGAGCACUACAGGAACAAGCUGCGGCUCAAAGCCAAGCGCAAGGGCUACUAUGACUUCCCCCCCGUGGACGGCAGCGGCGGGAAGUCCUACGCCCUGCGGCAGAUGCACGGGCAGCACAGCGUCCAGCUGGACCUGGGCUCCACCCUGGACCCCGAGGAGGAGCGCGCCUCCACCUACGUCAAGUCCAGGAGGAGACACUCUCAGAUGGGCGCCCCGGCGUUUCGGAGCAGGCAGUCCCUGAGCAGCCCAGGGCCGAAUGCGACGGAGAUGGACCUGCUGGCCAUGAGGGAGAGGAGCCGCAGAGGCGUGAGGACCAGCGGCUACGACACGGCGGUGGCGGAGGUGGAGCUGAUUGAGGAGACUGACGUGGAUGGCCUCGGGAGCUCCGGGCGCUACGGCGACAGCAGUGGAGAUUGGCAGGUCAAAGGUCACUCGGACACAUCCACCCUGAGCUCACAGCCCUCCAUGGAGGAGGUUCGACAGCAGAUGCACGUCCUGCUGGAGGAGGCCUUCAACCUGGCUUCCACCCGGAGCUCCACAGGGGGGCGGUGCGACCACCACCACGGACCCUGCAGCCCCGAGCAGCCUGUCCCGUUCCCCGCGGGGGUGACCAGCGCCCCUGGGACCACUCACAGGCCCCGGGGUGGGCUGCACUGGGUGUCGGCCUACGCCCCGGACAUGUACCAAUGCAGCCCACCCAGGCCUGCCUUUCGGUUCACCCAGCUCCCUGAAAUGACCAUGGGCUCCCCUCCUCCACCUAUACCCCCCAGAACAGGACCCCCUCUUGGGACCUCUCUGAGACGCUCCUCGUCUGACAUCGGGCCCAAGUCCAGGGCCUCCGAGUGCCCUGUCCCUGAGAUGCAGAGCCCGCUCGACAGCGACCCCUACGGGCCGCUCAGCAGAGUGCCGCUCCCGGCCGUCGCCGCGGACCAGUCCCUGUCACAAUACUCAGGAAACCCAAUAACGGCAGUGUACGCCAUACCAGCCAGCCGGGCCGGCUACUCGGGCUACUUCGCCCCCACGCCCCCCCCCUCCUCGUACCGCAGCCCGUCCUGGAUGUCGUACCCGCCCGAGCCGGAGGACCUCCCGCACCAGUGGACCGACCUCAUACCCCUGCCGGGGUACACAGAGGCUUUCCCACACCCUCGCUACCCCUCGAGCGGCCCGGUUGGGCUGCCUCGCCAGUACAGCCUGGGGUCGUCUGCACAGGGGGCCCCAGACCAGCCCCCCACGCCCUCCCCCACGGCCUCCCAGCAGAGCCUGACCGACCCGGUGGAUCCUGCUGCCUCCCUCGCCAGCAUCUCCACGGCCGUCCUGGUCAAAGCCAUCCGCCAGGAGGUGGCCAAGCUGGCCAAGAAGCAGACGGACAUGUUCGAGUUCCAGGUCUAGCGCCCCCCGGGGACCUGGAGGCCAAAUGACAUAUAUUUCUAUCAUACUCUGAGCUGAGGCCAGGACUCCAGCAAAGGGGGACAAAAGCCACAAACUGCUUUUUUUUGUUUUUUUGAGGUUCGUAAUUGAAAAUGAAUCAGUCCUCCUUUUGGAAGGAGCUGACUGGGUGGUGUUUCUUUACACUUUUACUUAUUUUAAGAGAGGCAGACUUUCAUCUCAAGUGAUCUUGGAUUCGCCGUGUUUUAUUGUCGUCCUGUAACACUGUAGAUUUCUUGUUGAGAAGCUCAAUCUGUGUUUCUUCUGAUUUUAGCACUGUUAACCAAGGCUAGAGGCCUGUAAAAGCAAAAGCAUCAACACAAUACACAGGAAAAAUCUACGGGAAGAAAAUGCCCCAUGCUUCUUUAACCCGAGUGUUAGAGACACCUGGCAAUUUGAAUUUUGCCCUGUGAUUGUUAAAAAAACAAAGACAAAAACAAAAAAAACACAAAAAAAACUUUGGAGAGAAGGCACACGUUAUGCAUCAACUAGACUUUGUAUAUUAUUUGUAAAUUACAAAAAAAUGAAAAGACCAAAAAUUUUGAUGAUAAAAGUCUAAUUAAUGUACAGUAUAAGAGUGUAUAAGAUAUUAAAACAUGGAUGCACACCAGAAUGAAAGGAAUUGUUAGAUACAGUGAUCAAGGCCACUUUGGUGAUUUUAACUAAUAAUGUUCAACUCCACAGUAUGAAAAAAAAACUACAAACUAUGCAAUGAUUAGAGUGGCCUCACUCUACGUUGCUUUCCUUCAUCUAGUCUUCUGCAUGGGCACAAUGUCAUACCUGCUACAGUAUACCACAUCUGUCUUGUGUGUCAUUAAACAAGGGCAAUUUAUUUAAAAUUGUUUCUCAUUUAAAUAAUGGAUUUCAAAUGCAGAUGGAGAGGGGUGGGCCUCUAUGAGAAAUAUAAGCCCCUGGCAAAGUGUUUUGUUGAAUGUAUCAAGCAUUCAUAAAUCACGUUUGUAAGGGCUGAAUAUUUUUUAUUUUCAACUGUUUUCUGUUUCCUUUUCUAAUAUUCUGGGGGUCUGGAAACACACAAUUCAGUCAAGUUGUGAUAGCAAAUACGAAUUACAUGAUAAGCUGCAAGUAAAAUUUGGAAGGCAGAGGUGAGAACACUCCCCAUCAUUGUUUGUUCCGGAAAGUCCCUGUUUCACUGACAGCUUUGAUUGUUAUUGAUCGAUAAACAAAUAUGAAAAAGCUACUUUGGUGCUGAAUGUCCAAUGUUGUUGAAAACGAGUUUACCAUGAAAGAUAAUUUGUUAGGCCAAUGGUAUAUAUUGUAUCACAGUAAUAUUCUACGGUGUGUUUGGGCCUGUUCCUGGGCCACUAGGCACACACACACACACACAUACACACAUAAUUUAUGUGAACAUUGUGUAUGCAGGAGGAAUGUGAUUACAGUUACUGUGGGAGACUGGACUCAAUCUCAUAUUCCAACAGUCCGCUACGUUUAUGACAAAGGUAAUUUAUGAUGUAGGUUAUUUCUAUGUUAAUGCAGUGUGGCUUUGUUCUGUGUAUUUAACGUUCAGCUGAUUCAGGUGACUGAAAGUAUUUGAUGUGCAAACACAAGCAUUGGAGGAUGCUUGGUAGCAAUGCAAAUCUGAUGUGGUGCAACAAGAUGCCUGUUUCUGGUUUUGGUUGUGAAGCAGAAAUGAAACCUUAGGCUCAUAGUCCAAAUAGUUUUUUUCUUUGUAAAUUUACUUGGUGUGUCGCAGCUGGAUGAAUAAAUCACAGCUAAAAUAUCUUACUUUUUAAAUGCAGCUUUCUCCUUCAAGCUUUCUGAUGUAUUGCUUUGUCUUAUUUUUGUCAUAUAUGUUUAUCAAAAGUAUGUCAAAUUUAUGCAUAUAGUACAGAUACACAUUUCAAAAUGUAAAAGAAUAUUUUUAGCCAAACUGCAGUUUGAAUGGAUAUUUCACAAAUGGAAAUGUUAUAGAGAGUUGCAGCAUUCAUAAUUUCUCAUGUCGCUUUGUUGCAGUAAUGUGAUUUGUUUCAAACUGUGAGACAUAAUUUCAGUUAUUUUCUGUAUAUGGAAUCCCUGAGAAAAAAAGUGUACUCCUACAUUCACCCGGCUAUAAAAGAAGAAGCCAUGCCUCUGUGUGCAUUGUGUAAUAGAGCGCUGCCUGUCUUUCAAUACCUAUUGACACGUAUUUUUAGAAAAUAUUUUUUUUUGUGCAUGCAACCCUGGAUGAAAGGGUUUUUGACAAAAGCUUUUGACAAAAGGGCUUUUGUACAUGUGGUAUUUUUGACAGUCUGAAACAGCCAUAAUUCCACAAAGAUCAAGGAUUAAGGUUGACAGUGAAUACAUGCAACAUACUGUAAUGAAUUGUGAAUGUCCUUUGUAGCAUAUAGUUUUCAUGUAAGUGAUUGUACUCUUGUUCAUACAUCAGCCAGCUGAAAUGCACUUUAUCUUCUAAUCAUAAUUUUAAAAUUUAAGAGUGAGACCAGGUGGACUGUAUCUUUGUGCGGAUUGUCUUACUAUAGUGAUCAUGGGAAUUGGAGUUCAGGGGACAGUGUCUUGUAUUUUGAAACAAACUGGUAGGAAAUAGUCUGAGAGCACACCACUGGACCCGCCAUAUCAAUGCACAAUGUGAAAUAAUAAUCCUACACACAAUAUGAAAUAUGUGACGAUUACAGCUGCUUUCAUUAAUGCAAUUUACAUCAUUGAUUUAAAUCAGUUUCUAUGAUCGCGUACCAUGUCUAUAAGACACAUACAUUCUCAAUACCUUACAAAUUUGCCAUAGCAUCCUUUUUAGAAGAUAAGUAUAUUUUUUGUUUAAAAUUCAGACUGCAUUUUCUAUUAGGACCCAUAAUUGUAAAUGGAAUAUUGUGCAACUGCUCCUUAUCAUAGUUUUUUCAUGUGACAUUUUUUACUUUGAUCUGUGAGUAUAAAUUAUUUCUGCUGAUUUGAAUUGUAUCUUCUUGGGGACAUCUUAUAAAGUCACUGGAGACAUCCAGGUUAGAUGUUACCUUUAAGCCUGGGUUUUUCAUAACAAUCUACAAUGUCUUACGAGGAACAAACUGGAUCUAAUAUGUAGCCCCUGUGGAAGCUGAGUCAUCAUGAGUACUGUACUUAUAACCAGCCAAAGUAUGCCAAUGCCAAUGGUUCCUGAAUUACAUGAUCUUUUCAUUCAAUUUUGUUUUCAUUCUGUAUCUACUUUUUAAAAAUCACUUUCAGGCGCAGUAUAUCUGUCACACACUGACCAUAUGGAAAUUAAUACUCUACCCAGAAAGUUAUGAAAUUGUGUAUAUAAGAAAGGUAUUAUCUAAUUGAAAUCAAUUGUUAUAAAACAUUUUAGUGGUUUCCAGCUUUUGUUUGCCGAUUGAUUGAAACCUUAAUGAUGGUUUAUGCUCACUGCAUAUGUACGUAUAGUAGAAUGAAAAGUCUAAAUGUGGACCGACUUCAUUUGUAAAAAUGAACACCUUAUUCUAGUGUUGGGUUAUAAAUAAAUAUAUGAUGUCAUUUAAAAUCCAGAUUACAUUUGAUUUGAAUCACUAAAAAUUGAGCCCAAUAAAAGUGUUCACAUAA